UUCACUGCCACCGCUCAAAAGCGCAACAAUACUUACAAUACUUCCACAUAUAGCUAAAUUUUUUUAAAGUCGAUAUGGAACCGAACGUGGCGGAAACACCACAGCUGGUGAAAGUUAAGCUGCUACCCGCACUAAAGCCCGAGGAGCGCAAGCGGCAUAUUGUGGCCAAUAUAGUGCUGGAAGGUCAAACAUCAACUGUGCCGUACAUCGAUGAUGCCAAUAGUGUAAUAAAUGUGACACAACUGCAGGCGCUCGACGCUACACCACCCGGGAAGGAUGCGCGAAAACGCAUACGAUUUUAUUCGGUGGGGCCGCGUACCUAUCACACCAAAUGUCCGCUGUGUCUGCAAUAUGGUGAUGCGGCUGUGAUGCGUGCCGCAGGUCUGAAGGAUGCAACCUGUUGUCUAUCGACGUUGUCGUGCUUCUUCCCAAUUUUCUGGCUUUGCUGUAUUUGCACUUGGUGUGGCUGCAAUCGUGAAUGGACGACGAAAGGCAUCUACUGCAGCAAAUGUGGUGCCAAAUUGGGCAUCCAACAGCGGCCUAAAUAGGUGUGGUGAAACACUAAAAUUUAAUAAAAUAUAACACCGUGCGGCAGUCAAUUUUACACACGAAAAAAUUAAUAUAUUCACAAAACUUGGGGCCAAAUAUAGUAAAACUGCGUUUCUAGUUUUUCUCUCUGACGUUUGGCAUUUUUUUAAAAGGACUUUGAAAUUUCUAGAAUAUAAUUGAAUAAAAAUAUUAUUCGAAAGAUUCGGUGCAUUGUAGAAUAAAAAUAUGGGUAUCAAUUAAAAGGAAAAAUUCUGUAGAAUUAAAAAAAUUAAAUUUUUUGGUGCAUCAGGACGAAUAAGUGUUGCAAAUGUACUUUUAAAAUUUUAUCCUUGGAUAUCUUUGGAAGUUUCCAAUAAUAAUAUGCUAGCUACCACAUCCCCAAAUCCUUCUAACUUUAUUAGUUUUAGAUAAAAA